GUCAAGCAGAUCAAGUCCACCUCUUGCCCGACGAAGGGCCCAUACACGUUCGCGCGCCUCCACGAGGAGUUCGUGAUCACGAACUUUAAGGAGGUCUACCCGAGGUUCCAAAUGUAUUAUGAUGCUGAUCUGGUGUGCAAGACGCUGUGCACCCUGAACGCUUACACGGACUUCAAAGAGAUGAUGGAUCCUGUUGCCAAUUACCUUUCAAAUGCUGCCACUCUCGAGGUCGUCCUUGCGAACAUGGCCGACGUUGUCCGCAAG